UUCUACCAUUAUCUACGCUCUGGCGAAUUCGCUUGUGAUGAAGAACCUGAAUACCAGCCAAAACAAGAUGUAGCGGCUAUUAAGUCGUUGUACCAGAUGGAAGGUAUUCCAGAUUAUGAGUCUUCGUCUGAGGAUGAAGAUGAUGGUUAUUUUAAUACAGCAGUGGCUAUGGAAGAAAUUGAUUUAGAAGUAAUGCCUCUACCAAAUAUUAUUUGGACACCCACUAUGUAUUUAUUGAAAAGCAUCCUACUUGUAUUGUGA